AAUGACGUUUACAACCAACUGUGUGACGUUUUCUGCAUACGUUGUAGGAAACAAUCACUGUGCUGGGGCUGAGUUCCCUGAAUGUUUGUAAUGGAAGGUCCAGUAAUCGAAAUAAUUGUCGGAACAUACGAAGAAUUGAUAUUAGCCUAUCGUGCAACGGCUGUUGGUGAUAAUUGGCAACUUGAGGAAAGUUUCACAGACCAUUCCCAUUCAGGUUGUGUCAGAAAUGUGGCUACAUCAAACAACCGGAAUUUUCUGGCCUCAGGUGGUACAGAUGAAAAUGUAUGGUUGUUCAAUCUGAAUUCUCGGAAAAUGAUUGGCUCUCUCAUUCAGCAUGAAGGUUCUUUAACCCACCUACAGUUUCAUCAAGGCAGUCACCUUUUCACAUGUAGUGAAGAUGGUACCAUGUGUUUGUUCCAGACAGUCACUUGGGAAUGUCUACGUGUCUUUAGAGGACACAAAGCAGGUAUUAACUGCCUUGCUGUCCAUCCUUCAGGCAAAUUAGCCUUCACUGUAUCCAAAGAUAAAACCAUGAAAGCAUGGAAUCUAAUUAAAGGUGUUCGUGCUUACACCACCAACCUGAAACGAGUUGCUGAUCUUGUAGUGUGGUCAUUAACUGGUGAUACUUAUUGUCUGGUGUUUAAUCACAAAUUGGAAAUUUACCUCACAAAGACAACUGGUUUAAUCCAAAUUGUUGAAGCUCCAGGUCGUAUUAAUUCCAUGCUAUAUAUGACUAAUUCUUUAAUAGUAUAUGGUGGUGAAGGAUCAGAUAUAAUCUUUUAUGACAUAGAAAAAGAAGCAGAAGUCUACAAGUUAACUACCAAUUCCAGCAGAAUUCGUGGUCUGUGUCACAAAGUGCUCCCAUCUGGUGACAAUAUCCUUGCUAAUGCUUGUAGUGAUGGCUACAUCAGAAUAUGGAAGGUUACCAUUGACGAUAAUGACAUUGUCACCAAAUUGCUGGCAGAACACAACAGUUCAUUCCGUCUGACUUGCAUAGCUGUCUAUGUGAAAUCUUCUGACAAUAAAUCUAAAGAAUCAAAGCCUGGAAGAGAAGUAUCAACAAAAGGAACUGAAGUUCCAUCUCAGGAUAAAGAAACAAUUAAGCGUAAAGUUAUUUCAUCUGAAGAUAAAGAACUGGUGAAACACAAAAAGAUGAAGAAAAAAAAGAAGACAGCUAUAGAAGUCAUUCAAUAGUUAAUGUUUAUUGUAUAUUUUGUAAAUAAAAUAUAUUGAUUUACCAUGAAA